UCAAUGAGUACGAGAGAGGUCAUAAUUGGUGACAAAUCAGGGGUUUAUGGUUAUGACGUGGAAACCAAAGUUCAAUCAUCCCAACGGAAGCUGCCUCACGAGCCAAGUUCGAAAAAAGCGCGUGCCGUGAUGCAUCGUGAGUUCUUGUCACAGGGUAAAACGGUCAAUAAGGAAUAUUACCUGCAAAUUAUGCGCAAUUUGCGCAAAGCAAUCCACAGAAAAGCCCGGAUUUGUGGAAAAACAAAAAUUGGCUUUUUUUUGCACCAUGAUGACGCCUCCGCUCACACAUUGUUGUUUGUGCGCGAAUUUUUGGUCAAAAACAACACAUUAAUAAUUCCGCAGCCACUGUAUUCCCCAGAUCAGGCUCCCUAUGACUUUUUCUUCUUCCCGAAAUUGAAGAGGCUACGCUACGAUUGCAGAGAUAAAGACGACACCCAAGAAGGAGCUGAACAAGAUCACAAAAAAUGAUUUUUUGAAGUGCUUCGAGGAUUGGAGAAAAAGUUGACAUAAGUGUUUAAUAUCUGGUGGGGAUUACUUUGAAGGGAACAAAAUAGAUACUCACGAAUAAAUAAAUAAUU